AGAUGUUUCCCCACCUGCAGACGGCGAUGACCCCCAAGCCCGCCGGACCCCCGGACGGGGGUUGGGGCUGGAUAGUGGCGGCCUCAGUCUUCGCGGUGAACGGGCUCUCCUACGGGCUCUUACGCUCCUUGGGCCUGGCCCUCCCUGACCUCGCCGAGCACUUUGACCGAAGCGCCCAGGACACUGCGUGGGUCAGCGCCUUGGCCCUGGCCGUGCAGCAGGCAGCCAGCCCCGUGGGCAGCGCCCUGAGCACACGCUGGGGGGCGCGCCCCGUGGUGAUGGUUGGGGGCGUCCUCACCUCGCUCGGCUUCGUCUUCUCGGCAUUCGCCCGCAGUCUGCUGCACCUCUAUCUCGGCCUGGGCCUCCUCGCUGGCUCCGGCUGGGCCCUGGUGUUCGCCCCUGCCCUCGGGACCCUCUCCCGUUACUUCUCCCGCCGUCGAGUCUUGGCGGUGGGGCUGGCACUCACGGGCAACGGAGCCUCCUCGCUGCUCCUGGCGCCCGCCUUGCAGCUCUUCCUUGAUACUUUCGGCUGGCGGGGAGCCCUGCUCCUCCUUGGCGCUAUCACCCUCCACCUCACCCCUUGUGGCGCCCUGCUGCGACCCCUGGCCCUUCCUGGCGACUCCCCAGCCCCACCCCGCGGCCCCCUUGCUGCCCUCGGCCUGGGUCUGUUCACACGCCGGGCCUUCUCAGUCUUUGCUCUGGGCACGGCCCUGGUUGGGGGCGGGUACUUCGUCCCCUACGUGCACUUGGCCCCCCACGCUUUAGACCGGGGCCUGGGCGGGUACGGGGCAGCACUCGUGGUAGCCGUAGCUGCGGUGGGGGACGCGGGCGCCCGGCUGGUCUGCGGGUGGCUGGCGGACCAGGGCUGGGUGCCCCUCCCGCGCCUACUGGCCGUGUUCGGGGCUUUGACGGGGCUGGGGCUGCUGGCGGUGGGACUGGUGCCCGUGGUGGGGAGCGAAGAGGGUUGGGGGGGCCCCCUGCUGGCCGCGGCUGGGGCCUAUGGGGUGAGCGCCGGGAGUUACGCCCCUCUGGUUUUCGGUGUGCUCCCGGGGCUAGUGGGCAUCGGAGGUGUGGUGCAGGCCACGGGGCUGGUGAUGAUGCUGAUGAGCUUUGGGGGGCUCCUGGGCCCUCCCCUGUCAGGUUACCUAAGGGAUGAGACAGGAGACUUCAGCGCUUCUUUCCUAGUGUGCGGCUCUUUCAUCCUCUCUGGCAGCUUCAUCUACAUGGGGCUGCCCCGGGCGCUGCCCUCUUGUCGUCCAGUCUCACCUCCAGCCACUCCUCCUCCUGAGAUGGGGGAGCUGCUCCCGGUUCCCCAGGUUGCCCUGCUCUCUCCUGGAGGCCCUCACUCCACCCUGGACACCACUUGUUGA